AUGAAACGUGUGCGAAAUCUCGCGGCUGGUGCUGGGAAUGUGGACGAGAUGGUAAAGAAGAAAUGGACAUUACUACUGGUGAUAGCGUUGAUAUCGCAUUGCACCUUUACAAGUGGAGUACGUGUCAAAGGCAAAUGGAACACAGCCUUGGAACGCGUGAAGAUUGUUACCAAGUUUGGAUUUCAGCAGACCAGCGCUUUAGAUCGCGAGAACACUCGAGGUUUUGUUUUUGGCAAUGUGACAGCUCCUGGUGCUACUAAUUUGACAAGGCAAUUUUUAUUCGCUCUAGUGCCACAUACCUUGAUUAGUUCGUUCCACAGUGAUUCCCGUUAUGCAAUGUCCUGUGGUACUAUGAUGCAGAAUCUCAGCAAAAUGGGGUUUGAGUCACGCUGCUUGUCCGACGGUCAUCGUGGUGACAUAUUCCGAUGGGUACCGUGCGUUAAAGGCCAACUGUGUCGAGAGGAAGAUGAUCCACGUGUCGUAGUGCCUAGAUGUCAGUUAACAAUGCAAAUUGAAGAGCCGUCAACUGCGGAAUACUGGUAUAUCGUCUUGGUUGCUUGUAAACUUGAUAAAUCGUGCAACUGGACACAAUCCCAUGGUAGUGUCGUCGUUGAGUACGACAUAUGGUUAACAAACGGAAAGCCGGGAUCCUCAGCAGCAAAUCCUCUGACGUGGCAGUUCUCCUUUGAUGAACAGGACACCCUCGAGCUGUACAUGAUUACAUUGGUCAUGUACCUAAUCCUGUCUGGGAUCAUGUCGCGUGGAAUACAGAUGUCCAAGCGCAGCAUUCCGCCUGCUAGAUUAAGGUUGCUGAAUUACAUAAUAACUAUGAAAGCUGUGGGAGUCGCCUUACAAUCUUUGAAUGUAUUCGUAUUCGCGCUCGACGGACAAGGUCUAUUUUUUGCCAGAGUAUUAGGAGAAGUUCUCAGGAUAGCGAGCAUUGAAUUAUUGUGUUUAUUGUUGUUGUUGGUAUCACAAGGUUGGGGACUGUAUCCGUGGGCGUCAGUCCCAUCGCGGUCCUGUAUCAUCACAUGGGCCAUUUUUGCCGGAGUUCACUUCACCCUGUUUCUUUGUAAUUUUGUGUUUAUAUAUGACGUUUUGCAUGAUGUUGAUAUCUUCACUUCUUGGCCAGGAUACGGUCAGCUAAUUAUCAGAAUAAUGCUCGCCCUUUGGUUUUUGGUGGAGAUUAGAAGUCUCAUUAUCAAAGAAGAAAGUGAGGAAAGGGCGACAUUUGUAGCACAUAUUGGAGCUGGUUUUCUUGUAUGGUUUGUCUAUUUGCCAGGACUUGGUGUCAUUGCGUCAUUUAUAUCUCAGUUGUGGCGAUUUAAAAUAAUUCUUGGAAUAACUACUUUUGCCAACUACGUUGCCAUUGCUUGCCUUGUUCAUCUCUUUUGGCCAACCAGUUCAUAUAGAAAGUACUUUCAGGAUGAGUUGAAUAUGCAUCGCCGUAUGGACAGAACAGAGUCGCAUGAAAUGCAUGACCUUGAAAGGUUGCUAUUUGAAUCUGAUCAUUCAGAUGCAGAUUUCCCGGAUGCCGAUAACAGCCAUCCAUUACAUUCUAUAUAG